UAUACAUUAUUGCGGUGGAGAGAUUGAGAAACAUCAAAUAAUAGUAAUAAGAAGUUUUGAGCAGAGAAAAAUGGCGGAGCUCCCUUCAUGUGAGAAGAUAGAGAGUUUAUCAGUUAAUUGUGACUACAACUUCAACAUAGGAAGUGAGCAUAUUGGUCAACAAUGUGCUGCCAAUAAGAGUGAUGAAAAAUUACCAUCUGUGAGGGGGAUUGAAGACAUUGGAGUGCGUUAUGGAUAUACAGUAGUGUUUGUCAAGGAUGUUGGAUUGUCUCUAAGCUUCUAUAGGGAUGCUUUUGGUCUCCAACCAAAGUAUGUGGAUGAGAGGAGGACAUGGGGCGAGCUGGAUACUGGUUCUGCCAUCAUUGCCUUCACUCCUUUACAUCAGAGGGAUGCCACCAUUGCAUGUGGUGUACAAGAACAUGAUGCAUCAAUCCCUCCAAUAAAUGUUGCAAUUGGCUUUUUAGUGGAAGGCUGUAAGAGUGAGGGAUUAGAAGAUGAUAAAAAUGUUACAACAAGAGUACAAAGUGUGCAAAAGGUGUAUGAUCGAGCUAUAGAUAUAGGGGCAGUACCAGUACAAGCACCUGAAAUGAAACCAUGGGGUCAAAUUGUUGCUUAUGUAAGGGAUCCUGAUGGAGUUCUUGUCCAACUUGGAAGCCUUGUUAAAAGAUCUAAAUAAGAUUAGCAUGACACUAAUCCAUAAAUUAUCAUCCAACAUUGUCAAUAUGUAUAUGUUUUCAUUUUUACAUAAUCAUGCACUAUAUAUUGUAUAUUUUGUACAUGAUUAAGUAAAACCAUUAAUAAAUUC